AUGAUUCCGUGCGAAUAUAUCGUUCCUCAUACGGCGGCCAUCUUAACGGUUCCCUCGACAUUUGUUGACAGAGAUUUCCUCGCUCUGUCCUUGAUUUUCCUUUCCAAAAACAGUUUGUGCACAUCCCGGACCAAGCCCUUCAUCUUUCUUCCUCCCUCGGAGAGCCAUGGACAACAAAGGAGAAGGAUUGACGAAGCGGCCGCUGGAGGAUGGCGAUUGUUCGUCGAUGAAGAGACCCCGCGGCACAAAACCGCCAAUCGAACGAAUAUCACCGUCCCGGACUGCCCGGGACCCGAACGGAUUCUCACAGUAAGCACAGAUCUAGAGACAGCUCUGGAAUGUUUACUAGACAUCAUCCCUUCCUUGGAAGAAUACAAACAAUAUAAGGACGACCAGAAGUUUGAUUGCGAACUACGGGUCCUCGUCCACCAGAGUCAGGCCGGCUGUAUUAUCGGCCGAGCUGGCUUCAAAGUUAAAGAACUGCGUGAAAAAACCGGUGCCAACAUCAAGAUCUACUCGUCUUGCUGCCCACAGUCCACUGACCGUGUGGUGGCCAUUUCAGGCCGCCCUUCAGUAGUCACAGACUGCAUUAGACACAUCUACCAACUGCUGGAGGCGGCCCCUCCCAAGGGUGUUAUACAGCCGUACGACCCCCAUAAUUUUGACGAGUUUUAUGUAAAUGACUAUGGUGGUUUUACAAUCGCUGAGGGUGGUCGGAGCCGAAUGCCGCGCGGGGGUUCCUCCAUGCGAGGGGGUGGUGGCGUAACUCCUCUAAUGGGGGGGCAACCGAUGCGGGGUAGGUCCAUGAUGGGAGGCGGCGGCGGCGGUGGUGGUGGUGGGUCUGGAGGUAUGGGCGGUGGAGGAAUGAGUCGCAGUGGUGGUGGUGGUAGUGGGGGUAGCGGAGUUGGAGGUCUCCCCAGUCUACUUGGAGGACUCGGAGGCCGCAACAGUCUUGGUAAUCGAAGCAACACUCUGGGCAGUUUGAUGCGAAGCCCGGGGAGUGCAAUGAACGGUAAUAUGGGUGGAGGCCCCUCGUCCAGAUCUGGCGGCGGCAUGGGUGGACGCAAUGAUAAUCAGAGCGGCUACUAUGGUGGGGGGCAGCAGAAUUUUGGGGUGCAAAAUUUCUCGCAGAAUCGACUCGGAGGUGGGGGUCUUAACCAACAAGGUAUGAUGUUUGGAAGGAGCCACAACCAGUAUUCUGAUUAA